AUGAAGAAUAAUAGUCCACUCUACCUCGCUUUGAUUAUUCUGAUUUCAACGACUAUUGAACCAAAGCAUAUAGCAAGUAAGUAUUCUUCGACAAUUUCAGUCCGUUAAUCGUCUGUGUCAGUGUUUAUACACAUUUUCCAUGGCUUAAGGUUUUGAAAUAUUCGAUAUUCCUUCAAUUUCUAAGUCAGCUCUCAUGCUCGCAUGGAAAAUUGGAUUAUGCGGGGAACAAAAACUUUUUUGUUCUAUCACAUAUGGAUUUUCGAUUGCAUACUACACUCACAGAAUUCGUAAAACACUAAGAACAGAAAGAAAAAGGCAAGAUGAAGCCAAAUCGAUUACAAUUAUUGUUUUUGUCAAUAACUUGGUUUCACAAAUUACUUGCAAUUUAAGUAUGCGAUGGUAAAAAAGAAUUCCUGACCUCAAAACCUUCGUACAAAACGUAUUUUUUUAUGCUUCAUUGUUUCUUUCGUAUGCAGGAAAGCAUGGUUAUCAAUCCAAGAAACUUCAUAUCCCUCAUAAAACUGUUAAGCCUGAUCUAGCUUCUAGAAACAAGAAACAUGAAAUUGUAACUCUAGCAGCACCACCGAGUGUUGGUGCCUUACUCCCCUCAGCACACCAUAUGACCUUGAUGCCUAACGGAGUACCGACAGCAUUCGGAGGAUACAUCCACCACUUAAUGCAUCGCCAUCCUCUGAACAUUCCUGUUUACCGUGGAUAUCAUGGUAUUUACCCUGUUCAUCUACCGCAACAUUACGGACCAAUUGGUCCCAUUGGGCACCGUCUCUUCUACAGACACGGUCCUCCUUUCCCACAUCGGUUUGUGCACAGUCCGUUGCCCCAACCACUGAGGCAUACCUUGGGGUAUGGGUAUGAUUCCCGUUUUGGCCGUGGUCUCUGGUAUGGUUCACCUCUUGGACAUAUUCCAGCUGGUUAUGGAUACGGAUAUAACGGCUUUGGUGAGUGGGUCACUGAUACAUUUGUUGAGUAUAGAGAUCAGUGUUAUUGUUAAUGAAAUUCACAUUUCAUGAAAUGAGUAAAGAUGGGUGACUUACAGCUGUGCUACCCCUUUUAAGUAAUGAAACUCCUUCUAAAGUUCAAUUUAUUUAUCAUAAAAAUUUAAAAUUAAUCAUGGUCUGCAGUCUGUACGAAUUCAACAUUGAAAAAUCCAUAAUCUAUUCUAUUCUUUUGAGGUCACCGGGGCUUUCAACCACUAAGGGGCUGGUAUCCAUACUCAUUUGACCAUAGCGUUGAUCUGCGUGGUGACAGUGGCCCAUCCUCCAUGUUUGUCGAAAGAAGUUCAAUACGUGAGUAUAAGAGUAAACACUGAGCUUUUUAAUCUUUAAGAAACAAAACGAAAAAAUUAUAGGGGUUAACAAAUGCUAAAACUGACGCCAUUCUAAUGUGUUUGUAACUAUGUCAAGGUGGCCCUUGAGAGAGGUAGUUGAUCAUCAUGCCAACCUAGCAUUCACGUAGGUUUUAUUUUUCUUUCAACUACAGCUGCAUCGAAGAGACCUGGACAAGGCAGAAAGGUUGAUGUUCGUCGGCUGCUUAAAACUUGGCGUAAAUUAAUACUAACAAAGCGAAUACCAAUAGUAUUUCCUCUCAGUCGGUCAAUUUUUCGCUCUCCGUUAAAACGCAAAGUUAUUCCAUUGGGCCUUCGUAUUCAACGUUUCAAGAUAAGCCUGGCUCCACUGAAAAGAAUGCUGAAGCAAUCCAAGGCGUAUAGCAAACUAUUAAGUUAUAAGAACAAAAAAGGAAAAUCCACCCAUGGGAAAACUGGGACAGCUACUAACAGCAACAACAAUGUUACAUAA